GUGUGAUUGCAUACAGGCGGAUAUCACUGACAUAAAAUAAGACAGGAAAAGGAGACGGUCUGUCGACUUCUGUGUUGAAGCCGUCCAUCAGGUUCCUUCUGUCCUCAGCCCACGGCCUCUCUCAUGGGGAAAGCCAAAGACAGGACUGGGCCCUUGGCUCGGAGGCCAGACAACUCUGCUUUUAAGCAGCAGCGGCUGCCUGCCUGGUCUCCAAUGCUAACUGCUAACACUGUGCUGCCCUUCUUCUACCUCCUGGCUCUGAUGUGCUUGCUGCUGGGAGUCUGGCUGCUCCUCACUGUGCAGAGUACACAGGAAUUAAAGCUGGACUAUACUGAUCUCGGCAGCUGCAGUGAAUGUUAUGAGUUGCGAAAGAAUGUGAGCUACGCAGAGCAGGGCUGCCGCUGCAAGGUGGAGUUUUACAUUGACCAAACAUUUAAGGGAGAUGUCUUUUUUUACUAUGGUCUUAGAAACUUCCAUCAGAACCUCCGCAGGUAUAUGGACUCCAGGGAUGAUGCACAGACGGUGGGCAGGGAGAGUCAAUUAAAGAAUCCAAGUACUUACUGUGAGCCUUUUAUAAAAGAUAAGGACGGAGUCCCCAUCGCUCCCUGCGGAGCUGUCGCCAACAGCAUGUUCAAUGACUCUUUCUCCUUUAACUAUCAGACUUCCAGCGGUCAUAUUAUGCCUGUUCCUCUCUUACGGAAAGGCCUCACAUGGUACACAGACAAAAACAUCAAGUUCCGCAACCCAAAGACGGGCAAUCAAACUCUGGCUCAGGUGUUUGAAGGUACCAGACAGCCUCUGUACUGGCAGAAGCCUGUAUACGACCUGGACCCGAGUGACCCGACCAAUAAUGGUUUUAUUAAUGAAGAUCUGAUCGUCUGGAUGAGGGAGGCAGCUUUCCCCAACUUUAAGAAGCUUUAUGGGAUUUUAAACCGGGCGGGAGAUCCUUUCACACACGGCCUUCCAAAGGGAAACUACAGCAUCCAGAUUUCAUACAACUUUCCUGUGCAGCCCUUCCAGGGCAGGAAGUUAGUGGUUCUGACCACACUGACCUGGUUCGGAGGCCAGAACCUUUUCCUGCCGAUUGCUUACCUCGUAACCAGCAGCCUGAUCCUGCUGAUGGCCGUCGUCCUCACUGUGGCCUGGUGGAAGUUUGGAAAGGAUGGGAAGAACAUGAAGGAGUGAUGCGCCGUCAUGCCGACGACUAAAACGCAUAAAGUAGUAACAGAUACCUCUACUGCAGAGGAGGAAAUAAGUGAGAAAUCGAGGCUGAUAAAGUUCAAACUUUAUCAAUAUUUAAAAGCUGUUGUAAAACGAGGUUGUCGUGCUGCGCUCUGUA